AUGGAGGCUGUCCGCGCCGUGCGCUUCCUGUUCCUGGUGUGUGGUUGCCUGGCGCUCCCGCCACGGGCCGAGCCGGUGUGCCCCGAGCGCUGCGACUGCCAGCACCCCCAGCACCUCUUAUGCACCAACAGGGGGCUCCGCGCCGUGCCCAAGACUAGCUCGCUGCCUAGCCCCCAGGACGUGCUCACCUACAGCCUUGGAGGCAACUUUAUAACUAAUAUCACAGCCUUCGACUUUCACCGCCUGGGACAGCUCAGAAGGCUGGAUUUGCAGUACAACCAGAUCCGCUCUCUGCAUCCCAAGACCUUCGAGAAGCUCUCACGGCUGGAAGAGCUCUACCUGGGGAAUAACCUUCUGCAGGCGCUCACACCGGGCACAUUGGCUCCGCUGCGCAAGCUGCGUAUCCUGUACGCCAACGGGAACGAGAUCGGCCGCCUAAGCCGUGGCUCUUUCGACGGCCUGGAGAGUCUGGUCAAGCUGCGGCUGGACGGGAAUGCCCUAGGGGCGCUACCGGACGCAGUCUUCGCCCCUUUGGGAAACCUGCUCUACCUGCAUCUGGAGUCCAACCGGAUCCGCUUUCUGGGCAAGAACACCUUCUCCCAGCUGGGCAAACUGCGCUUCCUCAACCUCUCUACCAACGAACUGCAGCCCUCCCUGCGCCACGCAGCUACCUUCGCACCCCUGCGCUCCCUCUCCACUCUCAUACUCUCAGCCAACAGCCUGCAACACCUCGGCCCGCGUGUCUUCCAGCACCUGCCACGCCUGGGCCUACUCUCCCUCAGGGGCAACCAACUUACUCACCUGGCACCAGAGGCCUUUUGGGGGUUGGAGGCCCUGCGCGAGCUGCGCCUAGAGGGCAAUCGUCUGAACCAACUUCCCUUGGCGCUGCUGGAACCUUUGCAUAGCCUGGAGGCCCUGGACCUCAGCAGCAAUGAGUUGUCUGCCCUGCAUCCCGCCACCUUUGGUCACUUGGGCCGACUGCGCGAGCUCAGCCUGCGUGACAACGCGCUCAGUGCCCUCUCAGGGGAUAUCUUCGCUGCCAGCCCGGCCCUCUACCGGCUGGAUCUAGACGGCAACGGCUGGACCUGCGACUGCCGGUUGCGGGGCCUGAAGCGCUGGAUGGGUGACUGGCAUGCACAAGGCCGGCUCCUCACCGUUUUUGUGCAGUGUCGCUAUCCCCCUGCCCUUCGGGGCAAGUACCUGGAUUACCUGGAUGAUCAGCAGCUGCUGAACGGGUCUUGCGUGGAUCCGUCCGCUUCCCCAACCGCCAAUAGUAGGCGACUGACCCAGCCCACAGCCGCGGGGGAAAAGAUGACUUCCCCUGCAGAUGGUCUCCUGGAAGAGCAGGAACAGCCGCAGCCGCAGCCACAGCCCCAGCAGCGGGGUAGAUUUCUAGGUGAGGUUGCCUGGGAUGUGGCCGCCAGGGAGCUCAUAGGUAACCGCAGCGCUCUAAGAUUGAGCCGACGAGGUCCGGGCCUCCAGCACCAGAGCCCUUCUGCUGCUGCUGCUGUGGACCCCCCUCCACAGCCCCUGGACCUGCAGGAGAAGCCUAGUCUGGGACGUCCGACCCUGCCCGAGCCCAUCCACGCGGAGCCCACACCAACCCAGCCCACUUCUACACAACCGGCCGCCGGCGACCCCUGGCAGCUCGCAGCGAAGCAACGCCUGGCCGCAGAGCAGCAGGAGGGCGCCUCCCAGUUCCAAGGCAGUGGGGUGAGCUUGCCGCCUAUGGUAUCUGACCCGUGUGACUUUAACAAGUUCAUCCUAUGCAACCUGACGGUGGAGGCAGUAGGCGCGGACAGUGCCUCGGUUCGCUGGGCCGUGCGUGAGCACCGCAGCCCCCGGCCGCUGGGCGGCGCGCGCUUUCGUCUGCUUUUCGACCGUUUUGGCCAGCAGCCCAAGUUCCACCGCUUCGUCUACUUGCCGGAGCGCAGCGACUCGGCCACGCUGCGCGAGCUACGCGGGGACACCCCCUACCUGGUGUGCGUGGAGGGAGUGCUUGGGGGCAGAGUUUGCCCUGUGGCCCCCCGGGACCACUGUGCAGGGUUGGUCACCCUGCCAGAGGCAGGGAAUAGGAGUGGCGUCGACUAUCAGCUGCUGACCUUGGCCCUCCUGGCAGUCAACGCACUACUGGUGCUCUUGGCCUUGGCCGUCUGGGCGUCUCGCUGGCUGCGGAGGAAGCUUCGGGCCAGGCGGAAGGGUGGAGCCCCGGUCCAUGUUCGCCACAUGUACUCCACCCGACGGCCCCUGCGCUCCAUGGGCACUGGUGUGUCCGCAGACUUCUCGGGAUUCCAAUCUCACCGGCCACGCACCACCGUGUGUGCACUCAGUGAAGCGGACCUUAUCGAGUUCCCCUGUGACCGAUUCAUGGACAGCACAGGUGGUGGUGCAGGAGGCAGCCUGAGGCGGGAGGAUCACCUUCUGCAAAGAUUUGCUGACUAG